CUUGGACAUGCUGGACGGUGGCAUUAUUCAACGAUUACUCGAGGAAAAAUGGAAGACAUUUGCUCGGUUACAGUUUUUGAAACGUUUGGUAAUCCUGGUCUUCCAUUUGACGUCGCUGUCCCUGGCAGUUUACUUGCGACCUGCUGAGUUGGAUGCUGUUCUUCUUAAAUGGCCGGAGGAGAUAACGGAGAUGGCACGCAUCGCGGCUGAGUGUAUCACCGUUCUUGGAGUACUCAGUUACAUUCUCGUUCAGCUAGGCGGGGAAAUGAUCAACGUUGGCUUGCUAUCCUUUCUCAAGCAACUGACGCACGAGCCAGCUAAAUUGAUCUUCGUGAUAAGCAAUUUGUUGAUACUUGCUUGCAUACCAUGUCGUUUUGCUGGAGAUCGGGACGCCGAGGACGCCAUCUUGGUUGUCGCUGUACCUGGUUCUUGGUUUCUUCUUAUGUUUUUUGCUGGGUAUGUUAAGAAAAGGGUAGCAGGUAAACCUUAUUUAAUUUAG